AUGGGGCCAUGGGUUGUGGCUGGCUCGGGCGGCAGGCUGCGGCUGGUGCGCAGCACUUUCACGCGCACCACACCCGACUGCCUCCCCUUCUUGCCCUUGCCCUUGCUGCGCCCCCCCGCGCCCAGCAGCGCCCACUGCCUCAGCGUGUCCGCUGCCUGCGCCGUGUGCAGGCGGUUCAGCGGGAAGAGUGCGUUGCGGAAACACACCUGGCGCACUCAGAGGUGGGGCGCGCAGGGGCGAGCAGGGCAUGGAGAAGGGGCGAGCAGGGCAUGGAGAAGGGGGGAGCAGGGCAUGGAGAAGGGGGGAGCAGGGCAUGGAGAAGGGGGGAGCAGGGCAUGGAGAAGGGGGGAGCAGGGCAUGGAGAAGGGGGGAGCAGGGCAUGGAGAAGGGGCGAGCAGGGCAUGGAGAAGGGGGGAGCAGGGCAUGGAGAAGGGGGAGGGGAAGGCACAGCAGUGCGGAGGGAAAGGGUGGGAGCGGGAGAGGAAGGAAGGGCAGUGGCGUGAUUGGCCCCUGUCCCUCACCUGUUCCCUCCCCUCACACACCUUGAACCCUCACUCUCACCCACCUUCUGCCCCACCCACCUUCUGCCCCUCACCUCCUGUCUCUCACCUGCUGCCGCUCACCUUGAGCCCGGGCGAGUGGCCGAGCAGCAGCAGAGCCUUGGGGCCAAAGAGGAUGUGCGCCAUGUCAGCCGUCCACGCGCUGCGCACCUCAUGCUCCCCCGGGAAGAACACCACGCGCCCCUCCCCCCUCGUGUCCUUUGAUGGGUCCGACGGGGGGGCGCGCACCAGCGAUGCCGUGGCAAGCCUGUCACCCCAGGCACUGUCCCGGCAGGACGUGAGAGGUGCCACCGUAGCUGAGACAAGGAGACAAGGAGACAAGGAGGCGAUUGACAUGAGAGAGGGAGACAAGGAGGCGAUUGACAUGAGAGAGGGAGACAAGGAGGCGAUUGACGUGAGAGAGGGAGACAAGGAGGCGAUUGACAUGAGAGAGGGAGACAAGGAGGCGAUUGACAUGAGAGAGGGAGACAAGGAGGCGAUUGACAUGAGAGAGGGAGACAAGGAGGCGAUUGACAUGAGAGAGGGAGACAAGGAGGCGAUUGACAUGAGAGAGGGAGACAAGGAGGCGAUUGACGUGAGAGAGGGAGACAAGGAGGCGAUUGACAUGAGAGAGGGAGACAAGGAGGCGAUUGACAUGAGAGAGGGAGACAAGGAGGCGAUUGACAUGAGAGAGGGAGACAAGGAGGCGAUUGACAUGAGAGAGGGAGACAAGGAGGCGAUUGACAUGAGAGAGGGAGACAAGGAGGCGAUUGACAUGAGAGAGGGAGACAAGGAGGCGAUUGACGUGAGAGAGGGAGACAAGGAGGCGAUUGACAUGAGAGAGGGAGACAAGGAGGCGAUUGACAUGAGAGAGGGAGACAAGGAGGCGAUUGACAUGAGAGAGGGAGACAAGGAGGCGAUUGACAUGAGAGAGGGAGACAAGGAGGCGAUUGACAUGAGAGAGGGAGACAAGGAGGCGAUUGACAUGAGAGAGGGAGACAAGGAGGCGAUUGACAUGAGAGAGGGAGACAAGGAGGCGAUUGACAUGAGAGAGGGAGACAAGGAGGCGAUUGACAUGAGAGAGGGAGACAAGGAGGCGAUUGACAUGAGAGAGGGAGACAAGGAGGCGAUUGACAUGAGAGAGGGAGACAAGGAGGCGAUUGACAUGAGAGAGGGAGACAAGGAGGCGAUUGAUAUGAGAGAGGGAGACAAGGAGGCGAUUGACAUGAGAGAGGGAGACAAGGAGGCGAUUGACAUGAGAGAGGGAGACAAGGAGGCGAUUGACAUGAGAGAGGGAGACAAGGAGGCGAUUGACAUGAGAGAGGGAGACAAGGAGGCGAUUGACAUGAGAGAGGGAGACAAGGAGGCGAUUGACGUGAGAGAGGGAGACAAGGAGGCGAUUGACAUGAGAGAGGGAGACAAGGAGGCGAUUGACAUGAGAGAGGGAGACAAGGAGGCGAUUGACAUGAGAGAGGGAGACAAGGAGGCGAUUGACGUGAGAGAGGGAGACAAGGAGGCGAUUGACAUGAGAGAGGGAGACAAGGAGGCGAUUGACAUGAGAGAGGGAGACAAGGAGGCGAUUGACGUGAGAGAGGGAGACAAGGAGGCGAUUGACAUGAGAGAGGGAGACAAGGAGGCGAUUGACAUGAGAGAGGGAGACAAGGAGGCGAUUGAUAUGAGAGAGGGAGACAAGGAGGCGAUUGACAUGAGAGAGGGAGACAAGGAGGCGAUUGACAUGAGAGAGGGAGACAAGGAGGCGAUUGACGUGAGAGAGGGAGACAAGGAGGCGAUUGACAUGAGAGAGGGAGACAAGGAGGCGAUUGACAUGAGAGAGGGAGACAAGGAGGCGAUUGAUAUGAGAGAGGGAGACAAGGAGGCGAGAAUGACAUGA